AAAAUAGGUAUACACUUUUCGUCACGACGAGGAAAACCUUGGAUGUCCGUUUACUUAUGGGAAAUUUGCAAUCCAAAAAACUUUUUGCAGUAUAUGUGACUUAAAUUAAGAUGACGACGAAUCCUAGAUUGUGCGGUAUAUGUUACCAACGCCGAAUCACAAAGCCAUCAAGUGAUUGGUGUUCCGAAUGUAACCAAGCUCUAUGUACCCAAUGUAAAGAUCUCCAUGUAAUUAUCAAAGCUUUACAACAUCAUUCUUUGAUACCAAUAGCAAACUACCUAUCUAUUGGUACCUCUUUUUCUUUAGUUGAGGGACAUUGUUCCUUACACGACGACAAAUGUCAACUGUUUUGUCAAUCACAUGACUGUUUACUCUGCCUUACGUGUUUAGAAGGACAUAUGAAUUGUGAGGGCGUGGUUCGUAUCAGUAAGCUAACCAAAGAUAUAAAAACGUCUGAAAAAUUUAUAGAAACAAAAAAUGAUCUAUCGGAGAUUAUACUAAAGUUAUCGAAAUUACAAAGUCAGCUUGAGGAUAACUUAAGGAAUAUCAAGAUACAGAAAGAAUCAACACUUCGGGAAAUAAAUCAAAUUAGAGAACAGAUGAAUAACCAUCUGAAUCAAAUUGAAAGCGCUCUGAAAACAGAAUUAUGUGAAAUAAUGGAUGAUCAGUGCCACAGUGGUAUUGAUAUGACUUUACAAGAGGUUAAAAAGGAGAAAACGAAUGUUGAACAUUUCCAGCAACAGAUUGAAGACCUCAGUAAAUAUGGAUCAGAUCUACAAACGUUCUUUGGCCUGCGAAAGAUAAUUGCAAAAGCUGCCACCGCAAAUCAGUACUUGCAGACCUUGGCGGUCGAUGGUAAAUUUGAUAAAAUGACAUUAACCUAUGAAAUCAAUAAGCAUAUUACAGACUUCCUUGCGGAUGUAAAGAGUUUGGGAAUAAUCCGAUUACAGACAAGUCCGGGUCAGAUUAAACUGGAAAGUACAAAAGACACAAAUGCACAGUUGGUAGGUUCGGGAAACAAAUCUAUUAGUGAUAUACAGAUUUCUUUUCUGAUAUUACAUGGUGGGUUAAUUUUAUGAUUCUAAACCAGUUAUUUCAAAUUGAUGCGUGUUAACAUGGUGGUGCUGGAUAUUAUGGAGGUUUUAUGUGAAUUGGGACACAGAUUUACCGAUUUAAAGAACUAUCACAGAAAUAUUAAAAAUGCUAUGGCUAUUGUGUUGUUCACGAUGAGGUGGUGAAAUGUGUGGGUUUAUAGACGUGUUGUCGUAUCUACAUACAACAUGACUACGAAAUGCAUUUUUAACAAAGGUAGUUCUAGAAGCAAAACUUUAAUGACUCAGUUGUGAACAUUUUUCUUGUUGUCGGCUGCACACAAUUUUAGCAUCACAGCCUAAUUGAUCAGUGGUCGUAAUAAUGUUAUUGCUGACGCCGCGUCAAGACUUUAUGAACCAGGACAAUUAUCUAGGCUUUAUGACAAAUUUGUGAGCCACUUAUUUUAUUUACCAUUUACGACUAUCGAGGUACUAAAUCACAUAUUUCUUGACUUUUUUAAUGCCAGAUGGAGAAACAAUGGUAACACAAUUGUUGCAGAACAGCGUGGUUCGCUGGAAAAGCGAGGGGUGGGCUAGUUUAACUUCAGGAACUUACCGUAUCCAUCUCAAGCCAAAGUAUGACCUUAAACCAGUGCCAUGCACUACCAAAACUGUAGAACUUUACAUUGCUUUUCUUGUGGAUGUGAAAAACUUUGCAUUUAGCUCGAUACUAUCGUAUUUGAACAUUAUUUCUGUUCUGUAUAAAUCGCACGACAAACCGGACCCUAUUGCAAGCUGUUGGAAUGUCGGAUAUUUUCUAACUGGUGUCAAACGGGAACCUGGUACCAGUCAAAAUUGUAACACAUCUGUUACGCCAGAACUGUUGUUAAGAUUUAAGUCUUGAAUGGCAUAAUAAUGUUGUUUUGGGCUGCUUGCCUUACAGGUUUUCUUACUUCAACACUGGUUUUCUUUUCAGCACAGGUUUCUGAUAUA